UUAAACGUUAUUACCGUUCUUUUCCGUGCCCUAAACCCGCCACACCGCCGCCAUUCAACGCCCGCUCUAAUACGACGGAUUCCAUCGCCACCAGUUUCUUCUACCGUCAUCAGGUAAAAGCACGUCCAAAUUUUAUCAUCAUCUAGCUCAUCGACUUUCUUUCCAGUCACCACCGUCCACUUCCACGAAGUAGCCAUCGCCCGCAGCCUUUGAAGCUUGACCGUUUUCCCUUUUAGGGUUUGGAAACGAGAUGGAAACAAGAAGAUGGGCGGCCAUCGUUUUACUUUUAGUUUUCCUUAAGAAUUUAUUUAUAUGAUUUCCGGAAAUUUUCUUAAUGGAGAAAGCUUUCGAAUGCUAUUAGUUGAUACAAUUUAUUAAUUUUUGCAGAAAGAAGACUUAAUUUUUGUUUUAUUGUGAUGAUUACCCUGACGAAGACGGGGAGUGUAACCAAAUAUGCUGAAGAUCAUCCAGAACAUCUUGUUGUCCUUCUAGUGGACAUAUUAAUUUGGGAGGACUAAAGAAGAAUAUACAAGUUUGAAAAAAAAAUACGUCUUUUUUUUGGGGAUGUUGAUCGCAACAUUCUUCAUGAGGUUUUGCAAGUCGAAGCCCCGAUUACCAACAAAACUCAUUUCCAGGCCAUGCAAUAAUCAACUCACAAGCCAACAUUAUCAACUUAAUGAGGAUGGUAAUUUUCAUGGAUUUAUUUGCAAAAAACUUUAUACUGAAGCUAGUGCUACAUCUAGCCUCUACAGUGGUGAAAAUACUAGUUCUGGUUCUCAGGUGAAAAGCAUUUCCCUUUCUUGUACAGAAAUUCUGGAUACUGAUGAUCGUUCAAAUUUGAAAGUGCUACUCAUGAUCCAGAACAUCUUCAAAUCAAAUGAAGAUCCUCAUGAUAUAGAGUCAGCAAUCAAUAAAUGUAAGCUUACCCUUACUGAGGAUUUGGUCAUCCAGGUCCUUCGGAGGCAUAACUCUGAUUGGAAGUCUUCCUUUUUCUUUUUUAAUUGGGCAUCCAGACAAAAAGGUUAUAGUCAUGGAUGGAGAUCCUAUAAUGAAAUACUUGAUAUUCUUGGACGGAUGAAACAAUUAGAACUGAUGCAACAAGUUUUUGACGAAGUACCGAAGGAGAGAAUGGCUGCAGUGAUUACUGAGAGAACAUUUGCAAUUCUAAUGAACAGAUAUGCAGCAGCUCAUAAAGUAGAAUCAGCCAUUCAAGUGUUUUACAAGAGAAAAGAUUAUGGCUUUGAAGAUCAGAUGCUUGCUUUUCAAACACUUUUGAUGUCUCUUUGCAGGUAUAAACAUGUUGAAGAGGCAGAAGCUCUCUUUCUUAAAAAGCAAGAUGAGUUUCCUCCUGUUAUUAAAAGCCAGAACAUAAUUCUUAAUGGCUGGUGUGUUUUGGGAAAUUCACGCGAAGCCAAAAGGUUUUGGAAUGACAUAAUAUCUUCAAAGUGCAAACCAGAUUUGUUCACAUAUGGCAUUUUCAUCAAUUCAUUGACUAAGGCUGGAAGGCUUGGCACAGCGGUGAAGCUUUUUGCUGCUAUGCGAAAGAAUGGGUACAAUCCGGAUGUGGCAAUUUGUAAUUGCAUCAUUGAUGCUCUCUGUUUCAAAAAGAGGAUCCCAGAAGCUCUUGGAGUAUUUAAUGAGAUGAAUGAACCUGGUUGCCUUCCUGAUGUUGCUACAUAUAAUUCUCUCAUAAAACACCUCUGCAAGAUUAGAAGAAUGGAGAAAGUAUUUGAGCUUUUAGAUGAGAUGGAGAAAAGGGGAUGCCUCCCGAAUGCUAGAACAUAUUCCUAUAUUCUGAAAACAACAAGAAAGCCUGAAGAAGUUACUGAGUUACUGCAUAAAAUGGAGAGAUCUGGCUGCAAAAUAAAUGGGGACACUUAUAAUUUAGUAUUAAACCUUUAUUCUCGGUGGAACUACCAGGAAGGUGUCCAUUCUGUUUGGGCUGAGAUGGAGAAAAAGGGCGUUGGUCCUGAUCAACGGUCUUACACCAUUAUGGUUCAUGGAUUAUAUAACAGCGGGAAUUUUGAUCAGGCUCUGCAGUACUUCAGCAAAAUGAGCUCAAAAGGAAUGAUUGUAGAGCCACGAACGAAGUUACUAGUUGAAGCAAUCCACUUGAAAGAAGGAAAUCUUGCUAAGCUAGACUUGUCACUUUAGUCUUCUUUUGCUGCGAUGGGACAGGACUUUCACUGUUUAAUUAUUGUCAAGUGAUAUGAAUGAAGGUAUCCUUUGAAGAACCACUGGGCAUAUAAUUCUCAUCUUUGAAGCUAUUACAUUUGUCAUCUCUAACGACUUAAUUGAUACCAGAAUUUGGUUCAUGCACUUUCAACCAUGAUUUUCUUCAUAUAUAGAGAUAACUUUGCCUCUUUGUCAAUACAAAGACUUGGGAAUAUGCCUCCUUUUUGCAUGGACAGCCGGCUUGACUCCCUUUCGCAGCCUUUUGAAGAGGAUGGGUCCUCUUUUCACACAUGGAUGACUACGCCUCCUCUUUGGCUUAUAAACUCUAGUGACGCUUGGAUGAAGAGAACUCUUUGCUUGAUGGCUUUCAGGGAGACACUGAGAUAAAAACUCCAUUUGAUUAGUAUCGCUUGCUGACCAAAUCAAAGUCAAAAGACUUAUUUUUACAUAUCUAUCAUUUGAUUGAGUAAAGAUAGUGCCGCCAAAUCAAAGUCAAAAGACUUGUUUUUACAUACUCAUCGAUUGUCCAUCAAAGUGGUGGGUCUAACGACUAUCUAUUAAGAAAACCUGGCGAGCUCCUCCACCUCCAAGCUCGCCUGAACUCAUCAAGCUUCUCCGCUGAGCUCGCUUGUACUCAUCGAGCUCUUCCUUCAAGCUCACACAUACUCGUCAAACCUGUUCGUUGAGCUCGCCUGCAAUUCUCAAGCUUCACCACCGAGGUCCAUCCUUCGAGAUCGCCGACAUGGUAGAAGGAAUGAGACUUUGACCCAUCACUAUUAAUGCUCAUUUACGAACCGUCUGACCUCUAUGGAGUUAUCUUUUCAACAACAAAUCUCAAUAGAUUGCGUACAGUACGACCUCUAUCCUGGAACUACAUCCCUCUUCACCUCCUCUACUCAUCUCACGAGGUCUCUUCCACAUUGUAUGAAUUCAUAAACUUUAUGGGAGCAAGUGUUAAAAGAAUUCAACAAUGACAUUGAUGAUGACAACUUAUCUUUCUUUCAUGUUAUUAUGAAUGAUUUUGUUUUGUAC